CAAAACAAAAAGCGUAGAAGAAGAAGUUUUUUCAGACGAAGAAGUGGUCGGUACCGACAUUAGUUUUAGAUAUCAAGCUAAAUAUGUAGUAAUGGGAAUAUAAAAUAAUACAAACUGUUAGUUGAAAGGACAUGCCUCUGCUUAUUCGAAAUAAAGGAGUAGAGAGUUUAACCUCGACCGCAGAACUGUUCGACAAAUAUCCUCAUUUACAGGAAAAUGCAAGAGCCUUUCGUUCCCUGCCUCUCACUGAUGUUGACCCCAAGUGCCUCCUGUAUGUCCAGCAGAGAGAGUUUGCUGCCACGACACCAGAAGACAAUAGUGUUUCAGUGAUUGGCUCUGACGAUGCCACCACCUGCCAUUUGGUUGUGCUGCGGCAUACAGGAAGUGGAGCAGCUUGCCUUGCACACUGCGAUGGGUCCAAUACUCGAUCGGAAGUCCCACUCCUUGUCAAAUCUGUCACAUCACUGACUAACUGCAGUAAGGAGGGCAGACUUGAACUGCAUCUUGUUGGUGGAUUUCAGGAUGAGGCAAUGACAUCCCAUGAACUGAGCCUUAACAUUCUAGUGGCCUUCCAGCAACUGAAAGAGGAUAUCCACCUGGAAACAUGCUGCAUUACAGAAAUGAACGAUGUGCUCAUCAAUGCUGUUCAUAGACCUGCAAUUUAUGGUGUAGGUAUAAAUGUUAAAACAGGGCAAGUGUUCCCUGCAGCUUUCCCUUGUAAAGGACCGGUAGAGGAGCUGCGGUCAGCACGCACCUUCACGGGUGGACAGAUGGUUGACAUUUAUGACUCACGUCGAAGACUUGUUAAAAUCGGGCCUUGCAAGUGGUCUCCCAAUAUGGAUAUUGCCUUUUGGUUGUCUCAAGACGACAACAUAAUUUUAAAGUACUUGUCCACAUCGCCAAUGGCUGAGCCACCGCACUUUGUCCACCACAUCAAAUCCACCAUCCAAUACCUCCUGGAGCACCCAGACUCUGAUAGUCUCUUCCCUGGGGGUCAGCCACAGCUCUAUCACAGGUCUGAGAGCGGGGAGUGGGAGAGGUUUGCCCCCCUCACGCCAUCGUCUACACUUUAACAUGGAACACAGCUCUUUUCACCUCUUUUGAUUCUUGCACAGAGUGGCCCUUCCUAUCACCUAUCUGCUUUUAUAAUCGUGUCUUAAAAUGGACAUUACGUCUAUGGAAUGGCUGUCCUGACUCAUCUGGCUGGCCCAGCACAGAGUAGACACUAAAAUACAUUUGGUUCUUAUCUGAAACAACUAAUGUGUCUCUAGGGUAAUAUCUGCACCUUCUAUAUCUUGUUAUGUUGUACUAUGUUGAUGUCCUCUAUGCCUCAGUGUUUUCCUUUCAAUGAAAAUGUAAACAUUGUCUUUUUUUUUUUUUACCCAUUUAAUGGGUUAAAGCAAGGAAGUAAAAAAUCUGGAUAAUGAAUACUGGAUGUAUUAAACAAUUAAUGUAGAAAUGAAAUCACAGGGUAAAUACAAGCAGCCCAUCAAAUAAAUAAGUGCUAGAUCCCUGAAUUAUCUUAUUGUGAAAGAAAUAAACUACUCA